CCCCCCUCUUCCCCUUCCUUCCCUCCCUCCCCCCACUCCGGUGCCCGCGGGAGAUCCCGCCCGUCCGCCCCCUCUCCCGCAGAGGUGUAGCCCGCUGCGGAGCUGACAGCGGCCCCGCAGCCACCCUGUCCAAACUCUCCGGAAGCGGCCGGAGCAGACCAGGCGCUCAGGCCGCCGCAGCUCCCGCGGACCCACUGUUGGACCGGAGGCACCCGCCCUCCUCCCUCGCCCAAACUUGGAGCACUUGACCUUUGGCUGUCGGAGGAGGCAGGCCGGCGGGUGGCUGGACAGCUGCGGCGCCUCGAGGGCAUCUUGCCUGGGGUUCCAGGACUGUCGGCUACACUUCGGGGUUCCUGGCUUUGCCUCUGGGAUCCCGAGGUGUCCACAUCAGGCGCAUGUUGACUGAGACCUGGAGUCAUGGAUGUGUGCGCCCGUGUUGCCCUGUGGCUCCUCUGGGGGCUCCUCCUGCAUCACGGCCAGAGCCUCAGCCAUAGCCACAGCGAGAAGGGUACAGGAAGCGGUUCAGGGGCUAGUUCUGAAGAGUCCACUGCAGCAGACACCAUGGAGCUCCCGCUCUACCUCGAGACAUCUUGCAUGUGAGUUUUGCCGGAUUGACAAGCCCCUAUGCCACAGUGAGGAUGAGAAGCUCAGCUUUGAUGCAGUCCGCAGCAUCCACAAGCUGAUGGACGAUGAUGCCAAUGGUGACGUGGACGUGGAAGAAAGCGAUGAGUUCCUGAGGGAAGACCUCAAUUACCAUGACCCGACAGUGAAACACAGCACCUUCCAUGGUGAGGAUAAGCUCAUCAGUGUGGAGGACCUGUGGAAGGCAUGGAAGUCUUCAGAAGUGUACAACUGGACCGUGGAAGAGGUGGUGCAGUGGCUGAUCACGUACGUGGAGCUGCCUCAGUAUGAGGAGACCUUCCGGAAGCUGCAGCUCAGUGGCCAUGCCAUGCCAAGGCUCGCUGUGACCAACACCACCAUGACAGGGACUGUGCUGAAGAUGACAGACCGGAGCCAUCGGCAGAAGCUGCAGCUGAAGGCCCUGGACACAGUGCUAUUUGGGCCUCCUCUCUUGACCCGCCAUAAUCACCUCAAGGACUUCAUGCUGGUGGUGUCUAUCGUUAUUGGUGUGGGUGGCUGCUGGUUUGCCUACAUCCAAAACCGAUACUCAAAGGAGCACAUGAAGAAGAUGAUGAAGGAUCUGGAGGGGUUACACAGAGCUGAGCAGAGUCUGCAUGACCUUCAGGAAAGGCUGCACAAGGCCCAAGAGGAGCACCGCACAGUGGAGGUGGAGAAGGUACACCUGGAGAAGAAGCUGCGUGAUGAGAUCAACCUUGCCAAGCAGGAAGCCCAGCGGCUGAAGGAGCUGCGGGAAGGUACUGAGAACGAGCGGAGCCGCCAAAAAUACGCAGAGGAGGAGUUGGAGCAGGUUCGGGAGGCCCUGAGGAAAGCAGAGAAGGAGCUGGAAUCACACAGCUCAUGGUAUGCUCCAGAGGCCCUUCAGAAGUGGCUGCAGCUGACACAUGAGGUGGAGGUGCAGUACUAUAACAUCAAGAAGCAAAAUGCUGAGAAGCAGCUGCUGGUGGCCAAGGAAGGGGCCGAGAAGAUAAAAAAGAAGAGAAACACACUCUUUGGCACCUUCCACGUGGCCCACAGCUCUUCCCUGGAUGACGUGGAUCACAAAAUCCUAACUGCGAAGCAAGCUCUGAGUGAGGUGACGGCAGCACUGCGGGAGCGCCUGCACCGCUGGCAGCAGAUCGAGAUCCUCUGUGGCUUCCAGAUUGUCAACAACCCUGGCAUCCACUCCCUGGUGGCCGCUCUCAACAUAGACCCCAGCUGGAUGGGCAGCACGCGCCCCAACCCCGCCCACUUCAUCAUGACUGAUGACGUGGAUGACAUGGAUGAAGAGAUUGUGUCACCCUUGUCCAUGCAAUAUGCUGCCUGGCUGAUGGGGCGUAGGUUCAGUGACCGCUCUCUCUGCUCAACAUCCGCCGGCUCGGAUGAUCAGUCCCUCUGGAAAUACCCGGCUCCCACCCUGCAAUGCGGUGUCCGGCAGCGCCUGACGGAGCCACAGCACGGCCUGGGAUCUCAGAGGGAUUUGACCCUUUCCGAUUCGGAGUCCUCCCUCCACACGAGUGACCGCCAGCGCAUGGCCCCCAAGCCUCCUCAGAUGGUCCGUGCUGCAGAUGAGGCCCUCAACGCCAUGACUUCCAAUGGCAGCCACCGGCUGAUUGAGGGGGCCCACCCCGGGUCUUUGGCGGAGAAACUGCCUGACAGCCCUGCCCUGGCCAAGAAGGCACUGCUGGCGCUGAACCACGGGCUGGACAAGGCCCACAGUCUGAUGGAGCUGAGCCCCUCAGCCCCACCUGGUGGCUCUCCACUUUUGGAUUCUUCCCGUUCUCACAGCUCCAGUUCCCCAGACCCAGACACACCAUCUCCGGUUGGGGACAGCCGAGCCGUGCAGGCUAGCCGAAAUACACGCAUUCCCCAUCUGGCUGGCAAGAAGGCUGUGGCUGAGGAGGAUAAUGGCUCCAUUGGUGAGGAGACAGACUCCAGCCCAGGCCGGAAGAAGUUUCCCCUCAAAAUCUUUAAGAAGCCUCUUAAGAAGUAGGCAGGAUGAGAGUGGCAGUGGCGGGACAGCUUGCCCUUCCCUGGUCUUCUGCCUCCCUUUCCUCCCCUUCCAAGAUCCCUGGCCCCUAGAGUGGGGCAUGGGAGGGGCUGGCCCAGGGGCCUCGGCACUGUACAUACCUGCCCCCCUCAUCCUUGGGUCCUCAACAUUAUUUAUUAACUGACCACCAUGGCCUGCCUGCCCUGCCCUCCCACCCACGGGCUGCCGCCACCACUCUCUACUUCAGUGCAUGUCUUAGUUGCUGUCCCCUCAGCUCCCAGCUCCACUUCUGGGGUCCAGCUUCUGUCUCUGCUGUCCCACUUUUGAAGUUUGGUUUCUUGUUUCUCUCUGUUUCCUGCUUUCAGACUCCUCCCUCCCACGACUCCCCAACUUCCCCUAGCAGCUUGGGGGGGGGAGGUAGGAGGAGUAACUUCUGACAUCUGUGCCUCAGACCUGUUCCACCCCAUCUACGAUGGUUCUGUGUGCCUCAGACUGGGGCGGGCCUAGGGCCUAAUACCUGAGGUUUGUUCUUUGGGAGUGUGGUGGGCCAGAAGGAAACUUGGCCUGGAGCUCGCUUGAGCCUCCAGGGGUCCAUGGGGGAGUGGAACACAUUCCCAGAGGAUAAGCUACUAGAGAAUUCUGAAGAGGCCCGGCUAGGGGUAGGUUGGGCGAGACUCCUCUUGGGGGAUGAGUAGAUGCCAGAGUUGUGGGCUACAAGGCAGUUACCUUUUCCCUCUUUUCUUACCCACACCUGCCUCUUUCUCAUCCGUGCUCCCCCACAUUGCAGGAGGGUUUGACUAUAGAGGUGCUGCCCAAAUGCUCCCCAAGCAUCAGUAUUCCUGGAGCUCAGGACAAAUGGCUCCCCUGGCCAUGGGAGCCUCAGCCAUGACACAGGGCUCAAAUGGGGCCCUGAAGUGGUUGGGCAGGAUAUUGUUGCAUUUGAACCAAAAAAUAUUUUUAAAUUGAAAAAAGAAAUCUCCUGAAUUUCCCAAGUGCCUGCACUACAUACUCCCCUUGUCAGACCCCAUUUUCAUGUUACUGCAUAGCUUGAGCCAGAGGCUCAAAAAGGACACAGCUGGUUUGGGGAAGUGGGUGGCUAAGGAAGAUGGUGUAGAUGAAGGCAGCUGUGUGACCUCUUCCCCCAUACCUUCCCACCCUCUAGAACUCUCUCCCUUACCUGUUUUUGCUAUGGCUGUAAAGGUAUUUUCCCAUUGCCCCACGCCUUCUCAUGCCUUUACUCUGGGAUCCCAUUUUGGGCCUGGGGUGCAGGCACCUGGAGCUGGUCUUAGGAGGGUGCUAGGCUGCAGACUGCCUUGUACCCCCUGGGCACCCUCACAUGGGUUUUUCUGUGUUACUUCAUAAGACUCUUUGAAGUCCAAUAAAGCAUGUAGGAGAUUUUAACCUC